AUGAUAUUAUGCUUGCGCCUCCCGCUCCGGGCAGCACAGCUAUCAUGCCUGUCAGAGGGAUUCGACCGGAUCAAUCACAUCCCGCCACCACAGGGAACCGCCCGACUCAUCUUCGAACCAUUCUCUCCAGCAGCGAUGUGUGGUUUCGUGGCAGUGUACACUCCCACCGGGGCGGUCGACCCGUCUUGGAGCCGACCUGCGUCUCCUACGUACGGUGAGAACGGCACAAAGGCCAAUCAUUUUCGUCUCGAACGCUCCGAACUACAACAGCAGCUAGCAAAGGCUCUUGAACUGAUCCAGCAUCGGGGCCCGGAUGGCCGUGACGUGUGGGUCAACGCGGAUGCCACAGUUGGCCUUGGACACUGCCGGCUUGCCAUCAACGACACCUCGUCGUCCGGAUCUCAGCCGCUGCACGACGCAGCGGAAAAGAUCCACGCGGUGGUGAUCGGAGAGAUUUAUGAGUACGACGAGCUUCGCCGGCACUGCGAGGACGCUGGGUACGAGUUUGGCGGCCGCAGCGACAGUGAGCUUGUCCUGGCCCUCUACGUCGUCCACGGCGCGCCGGGGCUCUUCCGACAUCUGUGCGGGGAGUUCUCCUUCGUGAUCGUCGAUGCCAGGGGCGUUAUGGAGAAGAUCAUUGCCGCGAGGGACAGGUUCGGCAUCAAGCCGCUCUCCUGGACUACGCAGCAAGGGCGGAUCCUGUUCGCGGCCGAAGCGAAGGCGUUCCUCGCCUUGGGCUGGGUCCCGGAGUGGGACGUCGACAGCAUAGCUACGUCUGGCUGGCUGGCAGACGACAGGACCAUGUUUCAGGGCGUGCAGAAGCUUGCACCAGGCCACUGGAUGGAGAUCGGGCCGGGAUCCGCGAGGGCGGACCUGCGCACCAAGCCGUACUGGGACCAGCAGUAUGCCACCAACUCGGCAACGGACCGCCAAGGGAAGGGCAACGAGGUGCCUGUCGCUAGGAUGAUUGAGGAUGUCCGUGAAAAGCUGGUCGACGCCGUACGCGUCCGCCUGCGGGCAGACGUCCCCAUGGGUCUCUACCUCUCCGGGGGCAUCGACUCCUCUGCCGUCGCCGGCAUAGUGGCGCAUCUCGUGAGUCGCGAGAACGUGAAAUUGGGCGGCGGCGGCGCGGAGGUUGUCGGCCGGCCGCCCAGAAUCAAGUGCUUCACUGUCGGCUAUACCGAUGCCACGUAUGAUGAAUCAGACGUCGCGGCGAGCACGGUGAAUUGGCUCAGCGAGAGGUUCGGACUGCAGGUCGAGUGUCACAGGCUGGAGAUGGAUGAGCAGAGGCUUGCCGACAACUUCGAGGACUCGAUAUACCACACCGAGCACCACAUUUUCGACCUGAACACUACGGCCAAAUCCGUGCUGUCGAGCCUGCCACGCAAAUACGGGAUCAAGUCUGUGCUGUCCGGGGAAGGAUCCGACGAGCACUUUGCGGGGUACUCGUACUUUACCGCCGAUUUCCUGCAAGAGGCGGACCGCAGCGUGGCCGAUCCCGCCUUGGCCGAUUCCGUCCUGGCCGACGAGGACCGGCUGGCGCUGCAGUCACGCGUGAUCUCUGAAAUGACGGACAUGGUCAGACCCCACGGCCUGGCGAUGGGCGCGCAGCCGGAAUCGGAACUGAAGAGGGGCAUGACUCUUCCCGCGGUGCUCUCCCUGUUCCCGCAGGGCCGAAUCUUUGCCGACUGGGUGCUCGCCGACCGGGAAUCCGUGCCGGGCUCGAGGCUCCGGUCCUUCUUUGCCGGCAAGGACGCGAUGGAGAGCUGGCAGCCGCUGCACAAGUCGCUGUACAUGUGGGCGAAGACGCUGCUGCCCAACACCAUCCUGACCGGGCUCGGGGACCGGUCUGAGAUGAGGAACAGCGUCGAGGGGCGGCCGCCCUUUCUCGACCACCGCCUCGCGGAGCAUGUCAACGCGCUGCCGCCCGGCGUGAAGAUGCGAUACUCGCCAGACGAGAGCCGGGGCCGCUCGCGGGGCAACGCAGAUGAUUACUGGUGGAAGAGCUCGGGCUCUGGUCUUCGAUCGGUCACCGAAAAAUGGAUUCUGCGGGAGGCGGUGCGACCGUUCGUGUCGGACGACAUGUACAGACGCAGAAAGGUCAUGUUUCUCGCGCCGAUCCGAUGGGCUAAGGGUGGUCCGCUUCAUCUCAUGUUCCGGCGGAUUCUGACUGGAGAGUCGAUCCGAGAGCUGGGGUUCGUCCGUUGGCCGUUCGUGCGGGACGCUCUGGAGCGCGGCUUCGGCGAGGCGGCGGAUGGUGCUUGCUUCAGGGCCGUCAUCUACGCUGCUAGCUUGACCAUCUCUUCCCGGUUCAAGAAAGCGCUGCAGCAGUCGCGGGCCGCGGAAGCCCGAGUCGACGUCUCGCAUAGCUGA